CAAUGGAAAGAAGGGGUCAUCGGUGGGAGUUUCUAGUAUUUAAGAUUCACUUAACUCUAAGAUCGCCACAGUCAAAGAUGACGAUGCAUCAAGUUUUCAUCGGACUUUUAGUCCUUUUGGCUGUUACAGUUUAUGCAAAAGAUGAUUUUGUAAGGCAUAAGCGAUAUGCUUACAGCAGUGGCGGUGGUGUUGGUAGUAGUAGUAGCAGCAGUUCAAGUUCAAGUUCCUCUGGAGGAGGGACUCAAACGUUGACAAACUCUCAUGCAACUGGAGGAGCGUCUGCCGAUGCCAAAGCUGGAGCAACAGCUGAUGGUAGUCACGGAGGUCAUGGAGGUUAUGGAAAUCUCGGAGGUGGUGGCUAUGGAGGCGGACUAGGUGGUUCAGGAUUAGUUGGCAAUGGAGGAGUAUUGGGAGGAGGUGGUUAUACAGGAGGAUUAGGAGGUGGUCAUGGAGGAUCGCUCGGUGGUAGCCACGCUGGCGGUGGUUACAAUGGAGGAUCACUAGGUGGUAGCCAUGCUGGUGGUGGUUACAAUGGAGGAUCACUUGGUGGUAGCCACGCUGGUGGUGGUUACAAUGGAGGAUACAAUGGAGGCGGUGGUCAUGGUGGAGGACUUGGUGGCAGUCACGCUGGAGGUGGCUCCUAUGGUUAUAAUCAAGGUGGUUCCUUAGGUGGUAGUCACGCUGGUGGUGGUGGUGGUGGCGGUAACUAUGGUUAUAAUCAAGGCGGUUCACUAGGGGGUAGCCACGCUGGUGGUGGUUUCAAUGGAGGCUUAGGCGGUGGUAAAGGAGGACUUGGUGGUAGUCACGCUGGAAGUGGAGGAUAUGGAGGAUCUGGUGGUUAUGGAGGAGGACAUGGAGGAGGUAGUUUCGCUAAUGGCGGUGGAGGUAUUGGAGGAGGACAUGGAGGUCAAACUGGAGGAUAUGGAGGUUACGGAGGAUACGGAGGUUUCGGUCAACAACCAUUACCUGGACAACCAGGAUACCAGCUUGAUCCUGGAAUGGCACCUGGAACUUUAAAUUUAUUCCCUUCGCCAGGAAAUGGACCAUUACCUGGACAACCGGGAUAUCAGGUUGACCCUGGUUUUUAUCCUGGAAAUUUAAAUACAGGUUAUAAUAACUUUGGAGGAGGUAACGCUGGUAGUUCAGCAAAUUCUAAGGCUGAUGCAUCAGCUGGAAGUAAUGCUGGUGGCUAUGGAGGAAGUGGUGGAUUAGGAGGAGGAUAUAAUGGAGGUCUUGGUGGUGGAUUAGGAUAUGGAGAUGGUCAUGGUGGAUCCCUUGGAGGUGGUCAUGGAGGAUCUCUUGGAGGUGGUCAUGGCGGAUCACUUGGCGGUCCUCUUGGAGGUGGACAUGGUGGUUCUGGUUCUUCCAAUGCUCAAGCCAGUGCUAGUGCCAGUUCAAAUGCUAAUUCUAAUGGAAUUAAUAUCUUCUCUCGAUUCGGUGAAGGUGAAGGAGAAACCAAAGAAGUCAGUCAGAGUGGAAAUGUGGAAGGAGGAAAAGGUGUGUUCAGUAGCAGUUCUGUUAGUGUUGGUCCUGAUGGAAAAGGAACAUAUAGUGUCCAAGCGGGUAAAAUCCCAUAAAUUAUGAUAAUAAUAUUAUUUACAAAAGAACAACGCAAAAAUAUUUUUUUUAUAAUUUCAUGUAAAACUCCAUUUAUAAUUAUCAAAUAUUUAUAAUUAGAAAAUUUAUAAUAAAAUUUUUACAAAAUUGUAAAAUAUUUAUUUUAACGUAUAUUAUAUACUUUUAAAAAUGACUAUUUCUAAAAAUAAUAAUAAAAUCGAUAACUUAAAGUAUUCAAAAUAAAAAAAGUUUAAUAAAACGUAAUUAAAAUUGAUUUAAAAAAAAAUUUAUUUACAAUGUCACAGAAUGAAAUGAAAAUAAUAUGUUUUGUAUAUAUCUAUAAGAAAUUACAUUAUAAGUUGCAUUAUUGUGAUAAUAUUAGUGCCAAUCAAUAAAAAAUAAUUCUACAAA